CGCUAGUGUUGAGUUAUCGAUCUUGUCGGUGAAAUAGACACACUGACACUCCACGAGUUUACGUAAGGAGUAGUAAGGAGGGUGAAACAUGUCGAUCCAGAGUUUCUUUUACAACGCGAUCUUCAAGCGAACGUCGACGUUCAUGCUUGCCAUCGUUGGAGGCUCUUUCUUCUUUGAGAGAGCAAUCGAUGUUGCCAGUGAUACGAUUUUUGAGAGUUACAAUAAAGGCAAAUUAUGGAAGGACAUCAAACAUAAGUACGAGACAUGAUGAGGCACCAGCCUGAGUACGUCACCGCCUUAGGAACCUAGGAAAAUCAUAAAUUAAAUACCCAAAAUUCUCCAAAUGUCACUCUCAAUGCGCAAUUAUGUAAAUAAAAACACGGUGUGCAUGUGAAUAACAAAUGCAACCUUGAUUCGAAACUUAUCCUCAUUUAAUCUUCAUUUGUAUUCCAAUUCAAUAAAAGCCAGCAGAGCAAUAGAAUCCA